UCCAAUAGAGAGGAAGAAGAAAAAAGGGUGGAAUAAAAUUUGGAGAAUUGGGAGAGUACAAGAAUCAGCACUUUAGCAAUAAGUACGUUUUUACCACCACCGCCAUGGACGACGCUGAAUUUCGACGCCUUCUCGAUCUCUUCCCAAUCGUCCGAUCUCGCGACUACCAUGCUGAAUCAGAACAAUCUAGAGAAUCAACUUCUAAGUCAGCACAGCAUGAAGAGCAUAAAGAAUGGCAAGAUGCAUGGGAUGAGGGAGAUAAAAUUGAAGUGGAGAAGCAAGGACUUGACGAACAUGGUGAAUUCUGGGAGAAGCUAAAAUUGAUCGCUGAGAGAAAGGUGGGUGCAGCAGAAGCAGAGAGAUUUUGCAAGGCAUUUCAACGAAUCCACCAGAAACUCGUCUAUGAAGAACUGAGUUUGGAUGCUGCCCAGAAAUUCCUGAACUCGUCGUGAUCUGUAGCUGGAUUCUGUGUGCUUUUUGUUGUUUUUGGUGAUAUUUCUUUCUGCUUCCUCUUCUUGUAAGGAAACUCUCUAGUGUCAACUAGUUUCCCCCGACCGCCCUCCUUUGACUCUCAACUCAACUUUUUACCCUUGUGAUUGUAUGAACAUUGUUAAACAAUUCAUACCUGAGUUGGCAUUGGACCUUCUCAAGUCACAAAAAUGGAUGGGGCGCAGCUUUCUGGCA